GAAGAUGAGCUCAACUCACGCUCUCCCGAUUAAUCUAACAUAAGCAGAGAGACGAGCGAUCGGGCUGGAGAGAGAGAGAGUCAGUCGAUCAAUGGAGUUGAAUGCGAACACACGUAUUAGAAUAACCAUUGUAAACUAAUAAUAAAUAAUAAAACCAACUGUGAAAUAAAGUGUGUUGAAACGAAGACUAAACUACUGAAUUAUUACAUUGGCGACGAGUCGACCUACAAGCAAUGGCAGAGAGCGUAAUCAGGCCGUUUCUGUGCGAGACGAUUGAGAAGUCCCUGUUGCGUGUGGAAUGGGAGAAAUGGCUUAGAGCUUUCGAAAUAUAUGUGCAAGCUGAGGAGAUCAUCAGUUCACCAUCCCGGAAAAGAAACAAACUGUUACAUCUUUGCGGCCCUCAGCUACAAACGGUAGCAUUUUCACUGCCCGGAGCCGUGAUAACGGAAACGGCGGCUGGAGACCAGACCGCCACAUUUCAGACGUUAGUCGAUAAGUUGAAUGCGUUUUUCUCGCCGAAACAGAACUCAAGCUUCGAGAGACAUCUAUUUAGGAACCUGUCUCCUGCAGAGGGGGAGACAUUUGCGAAAUUUGUAUUGAGGCUGAGGUACCAAAUUCAAAAAUGCGAUUUUGGAUCCACUAAAGCCGAAAUCGAGGAGAUCUGUUUAAAGGAUAAUAUCAUCGAUAGCUGCGCCAACAUAAGCCUAAAACGGAAACUUUUGGAAAAAGAGUACAAUUUAUCGGAGAUAAUAAAUCUCUGCCAAAUGGAGGAAGAAAUCAACAAAGAGUCCGAGAUAAUGCGACCACAGCUGAAUCUGGAGGGAAUAAACAGAAUACAAACGAAUACAAAAUCGUCCAACAUGCAGUGGGAGUGCAGCAGAUGUGGUCGAAAAGGUCACAACCAUAAUAGCCCCAAUUGUCCAGCCUUAAAACAACAAUGCAAUAAAUGCACACGGUUCGGGCACUUUGCAAACAAGUGCCGAACCAAUUUAAAGCGACCAGGAAACCAGAACAACAGCAAUGCAACAAAACGACAACGCUCAAACGUGAACCUGGUAAAUGAAGGGGAUGAUAAGAAACCGGCAAAUAACUGUUUUAAAAUUCUAAGUGACGACGAAGACGAAGUAAUCAAAUGCCAAGUGGGUGGCCAAGAAAUGCCUUUCAUCAUCGACUCAGGAUCACGUUUCAAUCUCAUAAGUCCGGAGGAUUGGUCAGUUCUACAAGAUAAGAAAACAACAAUUUUCAACGUCCAAUGGGACUGCUCGAAUCAUUUUAGAGCAUAUGCUUCAGACGAAUUACUGCAAAUAAUCUGUUGUUUUGAUGCACCUGUAUCCAUUGGAUCUAACCCGGAGGUAAUUGCUCCAUUUUUUGUAAUUAAAAAAGGAAAACAAUCACUACUGGGCAAGGAAACGGCGAUAAAGCUACAAGUAUUACGACUCGGUUUGGGAGUCCACAGUAUAGAGAGCGUAUCUCCAUUUCCAAAAUGGAAAGGAUUGCCAGUUAAACUAUCCAUUGACCCAGACAUCAAACCAGUUCAACAACCGAUGAGGCGGAUUCCAAUAGCGUUGGAAGAGAAAGUUAUUGGAAAACUGGAGGAAGCGUUAGCGCUCGAUAUCAUUGAACCAGUAAUGGGACAUUCUCAAUGGAUCUCACCAAUGGUCAUAACAUUCAAAGAAAACGGGGAUCUGUAUAGACAUGAGACUAGCCAAUAAAGCAAUUUUAAGGGAGAACUAUCCAUUGCCUAUCUUCGAAACGUUUAUGACCAAACUGAGAGGAGCGAAAUAUUUUUCUCGUCUGGAUCUCAAAUAUGCAUAUCAUCAAUUAGAAUUGGACGAGGCUAGCAGAGCUAUAACAACUUUCAUAACUCCUCGUGGGUUGUUCCGGUAUAAGCGAUUGAUGUUCGGGGUUAACUCUGCACCCGAAAUUUUUCAAAGAAGACUGGAGGAGCUACUGGCACCGUGCCGAAAUGUCCUGAAUUAUAUCGAUGAUAUCAUCAUAUUCGGAACUAAUGAAAAUGACCAUGAUAGCGCCGUAAAAGAAAUAAAGGAUAUAUUGGAGAAAAACAAUGUCCUCUUGAAUGUGGAGAAAUGCAUUUGGAAGACGGAUAAAGUUAAAUUUCUUGGGCAUAUCCUGUCAGACAGAGGAAUUGAAGUUGAUCCGGAAAAAGUAUCCACAAUCCUUUCAUUCAGAAGUCCCAAAAAUAAGGAGGAGGUCCGCAGUUUUCUGGGCCUUGUCACUUAUGUUGGCAAAUUCAUACCGGAUUUAGCCGACCGUACAGAACCAUUAAGACGUUUGCUAAGAAAGGAUUGCAGAUUUAAUUGGGAUAAAAAUGAGGAAAAAGCAUACGAGGACCUAAAAUCUCAUUUGGCCAAGAUACCAAACUUGUCCUAUUUUGACCCCGAUAACACUACACAACUGAUAGCCGACGCCAGCCCUGUCGCGCUCGGAGCUGUACUAUUACACUUCACUAGAGACAAGGAACUAAAAAUAAUUUCGUUUGCUAGUCGGAGUCCAUCGGAUGUUGAAAAGCGAUAUUCACAGACGGAAAAAGAAAGUCUGGCCUUAGUCUGGGCUCUUGAGAAGUUUUAUUUUUACCUGGCUGGAUUAGAAAUCGAGCUGGUGACGGAUCACAAACCACUGGAGGCAAUAUUCAAACCAACUUCGAAGCCUCCAGCGCGAAUUGAGAGGUGGCUCUUACGCAUACAGGCGUUCAAGUUUAAAGUAAUCUACAAGGCGGGCAAAGAGAAUAUUUCAGACGCUCUGUCUCGACUUUGUGAACUGGCUGCGACGAACUCUUCCUGGCGAAAUGAUGAAUAUAAUGUCUUUCGGUUCAUCGAAUACUCUGUUCCUGCAGCGUUACACAUAUCAGAAAUAUCCCAAGCAAAUAGUAUGGAUGAGGAAAUCAUUGACGCCAUGUCCUGUUUGGAGACUGACACUUGGGAUCCAUGUACAUCAAACAAAUUUUACCCAUUUCGAUAUGAACUUUCGACGCUUGGGAAAAUUCUGCUUAGAGGAACACGAUUAGUCAUCCCGGCAACACUUCGAAAGAGAGUAUUAGAACUUGCCCAUGAAGGUCAUCCAGGCGAGUCUGCAAUGAAGCGGCGUUUAAGGUCAAAGGUAUGGUGGCCACGCAUCGCCCGAGACGCAGAGAAUUUUGUAAAAGCAUGUAGAGACUGUUUAGUAGUCUCUCAACCUUUAGGCCCAGCACCGAUGCAGAGAACACCAUUUCCAACAAGCGCUUGGAUGUCGAUAGCCAGUGAUCUUUUGGGUCCAUUGCCGAAUGGAAAAUAUGUCCUGGCCUUUAUAGACUAUUUUUCAAGAUACAUGGAGCUAAAGUUUAUGCAAUCGAUAUCCUCAACAGCUAUUAUUGGGGAAAUGAAGGAAAUAUUCUGCCGAUUAGGGUUUCCAAAGUACCUGCGGACAGAUAAUGGUAGACAGUACGUUAGUGAGAUGUUUGAAAAUUAUUGCAGUUUGAAUGGCAUUACCCUAAUACGGACUCCACCAUAUUGGCCUCAGGCUAAUGGUGAGGUGGAGAAUAUAAACAAGUCCCUAGUAAAAAGACUAAAAAUUGCACACUUAAACAAGAAGAACUUGGAGCAGGAAAUUCAGGAGUUUCUUUUAAUGCAUAACGUCACCCCUCAUGGUACUACUGGAACAGCCCCUUCAGAGUUAAUGUUUAAUCGUUUGAUUCGAGAUAAAAUUCCUAACAUACAAGAUGUUGUAGGGGCUUUUACUGACUCGGCUGAAAAAGAUAAUGACCAGAUACAAAAGCAUAAAGGUAAAGUAGCUGGGGAUAAAAAGAGAGGGGCAAAGGAUGUAGACAUUCAGGUAGGAGAUCAGGUACUAAUGAAAAACGUAAUAUUUCCUAGUAAGCUGACACCGAACUUUGACAUAACUGAAUACCACGUCUUGGAGCGAGAGGGAAAUAUUGUUAAAGUCUCAGGGAGUGGUAAGACACUUCUUAGGGACGUUAGCCAUCUAAAAAAGAUUCCAGCUGCCUCGACCACGAUGACGGUUCCGGCUUCCACCACGAACUUGGAGAAACACAACCAACACUCGCUGGCCAAAUCAUCCGAGGAAAACGAUACGUCUGCGGUACCUGGGUUGAAGCUCAAGCUGAAAAACAUAGGAGGGAUGUGGGAACCGGUGCGAGAGGAAGAAGAGCGCAACUCACGCUCUCCCGAUUAAUCUAACAUAAGCAGAGAGACGAGCGAUCGGGCUGGAGAGAGAGAGUCAGUCGAUCAAUGGAGUUGAAUGCGAACACACGUAUUAGAAUAACCAUUGUAAACUAAUAAUAAAUAAUAAAACCAACUGUGAAAUAAAGUGUAUUGAAACGAA